CCUCAGCCAUUGCACCAACAAGUUUCAGUACAGGAAAUUAGAAAAGCGAAGGAAUACAACAUUUGUAUUCAAUCAUUUGUUUAGAGUUCUUACCAUGGCUGCAUCUUUCUCAGUGCCUUCCAUGAUAAUGGAGGAAGAAGGCAGGUUCGAGGCAGAAGUAGCCGAGGUGCAAUCAUGGUGGAACUCCGAGAGGUUCAAGCUGACCCGCCGCCCAUAUACCGCCCGCGACGUGGUGGCGCUCCGUGGCAACCUUCGCCAAUCCUACGGCUCCAACGAGCUGGCCAAGAAGCUCUGGCGAACCCUCAAAACCCACCAAGCCAAUGGCACUGCCUCGAGAACCUUCGGCUCUCUCGACCCCGUCCAAGUCACUAUGAUGGCGAAGCAUCUCGACACUAUCUACGUCUCCGGCUGGCAGUGCUCCUCCACCCACACCUCCACCAACGAGCCCGGCCCGGACCUUGCCGACUACCCAUACGAUACCGUCCCCAACAAAGUCGAGCACCUCUUCUUCGCCCAGCAAUACCAUGACCGGAAACAAAGAGAGGCUAGAAUGAGCAUGAGCCGCGAGGAGAGGGCUAGAACUCCUUACAUCGAUUACUUGAAGCCUAUCAUCGCCGACGGAGACACGGGCUUUGGUGGCGCCACCGCCACCGUCAAGCUCUGCAAGUUGUUUGUCGAGCGCGGUGCCGCUGGUGUCCACAUUGAGGACCAAUCGUCCGUGACCAAGAAAUGCGGCCACAUGGCAGGCAAGGUUCUUGUCGCAAUCAGCGAGCAUAUCAACCGUCUCGUCGCGGCCCGGCUGCAGUUCGAUAUCAUGGGGGUGGAGACGGUUUUGGUGGCCCGUACUGAUGCUGAAGCUGCCACUCUGAUCCAGACUAAUGUGGAUACGAGGGAUCAUCAGUUCAUCUUGGGUGUAACCAACCCGAGCCUGAGGGGUAAGCCUCUGGCCACGAUCUUGUCGGAGGCGAUGGCGGCCGGGAAAACAGGGCCGGAGCUGCAGCAAAUCGAGGACAAUUGGCUAGCCACGGCCGGGUUGAAGACGUUCUCCCAGUGCGUCGUCGAUGCUAUUAAUAACAUGAACAUCGGCGUAGCUGAGAAGCAGAGGAAGCUGAAUGAAUGGAUGAAUCUCUCCAGCUAUGAUAAGUGCCUCUCUUACGAGCAAGGGCGCGAGAUUGCUGACAGGCUUGGGUUGGCAAACCUGUUCUGGGAUUGGGACCUGCCUAGAACCAGAGAAGGCUUCUACAGGUUUAAGGGGUCGGUGCAGGCAGCGAUUGUUCGUGGCUGGGCUUUCGCGCCACACGCUGACUUGAUCUGGAUGGAGACGGCAAGCCCGGACUUGGCCGAGUGCACGGAGUUUGCCCAUGGCGUAAAGUCAAAACACCCGGAGAUAAUGCUGGCCUACAAUCUGUCGCCGUCUUUCAAUUGGGACGCCUCGGGGAUGAAUGAUCAGCAGAUGAUGGAUUUCAUCCCUAAAAUCGCCAAGCUAGGAUACGUCUGGCAGUUCAUCACGCUGGCUGGCUUCCAUGCGGACGCCCUGAUUGUCGACACGUUCGCCAAGGAUUUCGCGAGGAGGGGAAUGCUGGCGUACGUCGAGAGGAUCCAGAGAGAGGAGAGGAACAAUGGAGUUGAUACGUUGGCUCAUCAGAAGUGGUCUGGUGCAAAUUACUACGACAGAGUCCUUAGGACUGUUCAGGGAGGCAUCACUUCCACUGCCGCCAUGGGAAAAGGAGUGACAGAGGAGCAGUUCCAGGAGACAUGGACUAGGCCGGGGGCAACCAAUGUGGCGACUGAUGGAAGUGUCGUGAUUGCAAAAUCAAGAAUGUAGGAAAAUUGACAUAAUUGUGGGAUUCUUGAUUGUCAUGUUGGUGUUGAGGCAAAGCUUGAAGAACCCUUUUAUCGGUUACAUUUGUGGGAAUUAAAUCUAGUACAAUAAAAUAUAUUUUAUUUUGCAAUAAUUCCAUUGUUGGUCAAGGAAUUAUGUGGGCGAAUUUUGGCCCUCAUCGAAAUUGAGGGUUUGAUUAUACAUUUGUGCCUGUCUGAAGCUUUAUGUUCUUGAGGGAAGAAACGUGUUGUUCUUGGUUUCUUUC